CACAGCACGGCUCUGCCUGUGAUGUGACUGCCUUCUGCCAUCUGGCUUCACAGAACUCAAUUUAUCAAAAGCGACCAGUUCCCACAUCACAUCAUUUAAGUAAAGGACUUAAAGAAAUACCUGUUGCAUACAAGGGCAACUUUGUGCUUCUGUGUUGUACAAACUUCCACACCCAUUCCUUCCCUCUUGAAAGAGCUGGAUUGGUUUAUUUGAAAAUUUGAAUUUUGUUUGCUGGCUGGACUGAGGAAGGAAGGGUAUGACAGACUGACACAGGUGUUGGAUGCUUCUGUCUAUGGCCAGGUUGCCUCCUACUAUUCAUGAAGAAUCUUGAUAGGAUUGACUCCUUCGAAGAUUACCUUCCCAAAGGGUAAAUAUUCUCAGCUGUGAACAAUUACCACAGAGUGUUUUUGACUGGAUGACAAAAGAGCCUAGUUAGAAAUCAAAGGUUCCACAGGUCAAGAAUGUGAGAGCAUUGACCACGAGGGCCUUCGUGUUAUUUUCUUUUCUGCAUACUUUUUCGAAUUGGCCUGAAGGAUGCCAGCUAAGACACCUAUCUAUCUCAAGGCAACCAAUAGCAAAAAAGGCAAAAAAUGCAAACUGAGGGAUAUCUUGUCCCCCGAUAUGAUUAGCCCACCACUUGGGGACUUCCGCCACACCAUUCACAUCGGGAAGGGAGGGGAACAGGAUGCGUUCGGAGAUAUGUCAUUUCUGCAAGGGAAGUAUGACCUUCUGCCUGGUCAGGAAGAUAUACGAUAUCUUCAGUCUAUUGGACACAAUGAGUUUUCUAGGGCGAACAGCACCUCAGAUGCCACUUUUUCAGAGACUCCCUCACCAGUGCUUAAAAACGCUAUUUCCCUUCCUACCAUUGGUGGCUCCCAAGCCCUUACUCUCCCCCUCCUUUCCACUGUCACUUUCACUCCAACCACUGAACGCCUUGUGCCUUUUAACCCUCCAGAGAAGCCAAAGCAGAAGGAAUUAUCAGAGAAAACCAAGCCCAUCUUUUCUUCUGUGAUGUUCCCUCCCAAACCCGAAUCCAAGGCACCUAUAAAGCAAUUCCCAGUCUCUUUCGACAAAUCAAUACUGCCCAAACUAACAGAGAAAAAUAAGCCAGUUGAAAAUGGUAAAAUACACACCAGUGAUAACGGAUAUAAACGGUCUGCUCCCCAUUACUCCAAUGGUAACGGUAAAGCGAAUAAUUCAACAGCUUUGACAGGACAUUACGCCGACUGGUUGCAAGUCAAAUCGAUAGAGGACAAGCCCCUUAACAACUGUCAGUUUGAAUUUACAAAAGGAAAAAGCAUCUCAGAGGAAUCGAUCUCAAAUAUUACAGGGUCCCUCCUGUCCCUGGAACUUGACCUGGGACCCUCCAUUUUGGAUGAGGUUCUUAACGUCAUGGAUCACAAGUAAUGAUUUCUAAAUUAUAUACGAUGGGACAGAAAGGGAAACUGUUAACGGUACAAGAAUAAAAGCCAGUGGUGUUGAUUGCACACUUUCUUUGUUUUGUGGUCUGGGAAAGCACUCCUUUCUAGUAAAACAAGGGGAAUGACAUUACUUUCUUUAUAUGUAAUUGGAUUUUUACUAGUAUUUUUAUUGAUCCAACAGUUUAUUUUCCCUGUGCUUCAGUAGGGUAUGCAUUAAAAAGCAAACAUGGAUUGUUUAAAAAGAAAACAGUAUACUUUUAACAACAUUUUAAGUGCCUUUUGUUUGAUUUUUUUUCCAAAUUAAAUGAUAUACUGUUUAUUUCAUCAUACUCAUAUUAGAUGAAUAUCUAAGACCGUAUUAUUGUAGGCCUGUGUGUGCGCUACAUUUUUUAAUGCUCUAUUUCAGGAAAUCUAUUUUUAUUAUUUUGCUUUCUUUUUUUUCAGCAUGUGUUGAUAGGAAUUUAUUUAAAAGGAAACCGUUUACUUUUUCUAUCACUUGGUACACAAGUUAUAGUUAGGGCAAAUAAUAGUCAAAAAAUAAAUAAACUUAAAUUUCCUUUAAGUUUAAUGAAAAUUUCUUACCUAUGAAGACAGAAACCUAUAAAGGCCUCUUGCUAAACUCUGAUGCUAUUAGAAACAUUCGAUUCUUAUAUGUUUUGUUUGGGUAGACAUAAUACACUACAUACAGUAGUUCAGUUAUAUAAGGUUGUGCUUUGAUACCAUGUUCCCAUAGUAGGAUGGUGGUCACAAUGCAAAAACUACAUUAUAAACAAACUGUUGUCAUCUUUAAUCAUAUAUACGCUAUGGUAAAAGUCUGAAUGUUGGCAAAUCGGUAAAUGUCCGAAAUAAACAUGAUACUGCUUUAUUUCCGACAUUUACCUGUAAAUCUCAAGUAUAACCAGUAGCUUUGGCUAAUGACAGAAUAUCUCACUUUCUCGCAUUAUAGGGCUUCAGGUCUUCUGUGUAACUUCAUGUGCCUCAAGUGUCUACCAUGCUGCAAUAAGUGAAUAUAUCUAUUCAGUACCUGUAUUUGUCAUGUUUUAUGUCCUAACCAAAGUGUGAUUUCAAACUACUACAUAUUUGGAGUACAAUAUCCUUCAACACCAUUGUGAAUUGUUUUAUACACAAAGUUACCAGGCUGUUGGCUGUUCUACAUAAAUGGAUAACAAUAGUGUUCAGUACCAUGUUGAAUUGCUCAAUUGUCCAUUAUUGUAAGCUCUUUAAUGAUUAUUUUGUUAAUGGAAAAUGUGUAUGCAAAAAUAAAUACAUUGUUCAAGGUCAGUGUUUUUUGUUAA